UGUGGCAGCGCCCGGGGCCCGGCACCGGGUAAGGCAGGGCGGCACCGGGCAGGGCGGCACCGGGCACGGCCCCCGCCGCCACCAUGGUGAAGGAGGAGUGCAAGGCGCUGCUGGACGCGCUCAACAAGGUGACCGCCUGCUACCGGCACAUGGUGCUGACCAUCGGCGGCACCUCGGACUCCCAGAACCUGCGGGAGGAGCUCAAGAAAACCCGGCAGAAAGCUCAGGAGCUGGCGGUGGCCAACAGGAACAAGCUCACCACGGUCCUGAAGGACAAAAGCGUGAGUAAGGAAGAUAAAGCCGAGUUCGAGAGGCUAUGGGUGAUUUUCUCCACGUGCCUAGAGAUCCUGGAGAUCGAUAUGAGGAGAGCCCUGGAGCUGGGCCACGAGUUCCCUCUGAACGUCCCCAAAAAACACCUGAUCCAGACGGGCAUGAGCGGGGGAACCUCCGGCGUGGCCGCCCGCGCCAUGAGCGUCCAAAACAUGAAAUACGAGGCUGAGCACAACAUAGACGUGGUGGAUUUGAAAGACCUCGAGAACGAGAUCAACCAGGUAGGAGAGAUGAUGUACGAGAUGGAGAUGAAGGUCAAUGUCCCCCAGUGGACAGUAGAGGCUAAGCAAGACCCAGGGGCUGAACUGAAAUCCACCAUCAGCGUGGGCGCUUCCUCUAUUGGCAUGAUCUCUGUGGAGGAAAAUAAAUCCUUCUGCGAUAUCAGCAAGGUUCUAGCUGGGAUUAUUUUCACUGCUGUGCUCAUUAUCGCUAUUGUCCUGGCAGUGUGUGUGGUAAAACUGUCUUAGGGUGGUGCAAGCUCUGACACGAGCGACCGACCCCUCUCCAGCCUGUCUCUGGAGUGUUUCAUGCCUCACCUUCACUUCCAAAGUGUGUUACUUGGAUCAGCUCAGAAUUGUAAACGAGCACUUGAAAGAACAAAGCAGAACUUUUGCCUCUGGAUAGCCUAAAAUGCACUAUUUGUUUCUCCUAUGCUUUUUGAAGAAAAGGGAUGCAAAUCAGCCUGCAGAAUAGAAUGUCUUCGUUUACUGGACUUGGAACAGUUAAGCGAAGUACCAGGGUAUUAUCACUACUGGCUGUAACAGGGAUUUGCCUGCUAUUAAUAGGUCACUAUUCUCAGAAGCCUGUGGUUUUUGUUCUUCACUAGGCUCUGGUGUUUGCUGCUGGUCACUGUUUACAGUAUUGGAGGGUAACACAAAUUUGAUGGCUAACAUGGGUGUUUUAUCUGACCAAGUGAAUAGAAUUCAUCAAAUACAAAACGUAUUUCUUGAGCAGAGGAAAGGGCUAAGGAUGAAAACCCCAAUACAAGAAUGUAACCAAGCUCUAUUUUAAAUAAGUUAAUGGUUGGGGAGGGGGCAGAAAACAGAACGAUGUUUGAUACCAAGUACUGUUUGUUGAUUUCGACUGGAGUGUACGGAACCCAGUUGCAUGAAUUGGCACAGCACAUGUCAAUGACUAAUCGCUUUCCAAAUCCAGAGAGAAAAAAAGGAGAGUUGCAUAUUCAGAAAAAUACUAGCAAGCUUCAUGGUUUUCAUUCACAUUUACCACGAUUUUAGCUUGCCCUAAAAUCUUGCAGGAAGACUGAUUCUUGCUUCUGAUUUUAAUUUUUCUUUCUGAAGCAGCAGUUUGUACUCUGUGAUUAAUUAUGAAAACAGGAGCAAUGAAUCUACCCAGAGCAGAUGCAGUAACAUGGGAAAAUAGAUUUUAGCAAAAAGAAAUGAUGUUAAGUUAAAGCAGACUUCCCCAAUGGGAUCCCCUCUCCUAUUGACAGGGAGGGACUGAUGCUUGUAUGUGUACAGCCACAAUUCUUCAAGCUCCCAAACAGCAGAAAUCCAGACAAAGCUAAAAAUGUGUCUCAGUUUCAUAUCUCAGUCAUUUCUGAUUAAUCAUCUGGGAAACGGGAAGCCUGUAGGAUUGGUCCCAUUUGAUAAUUCUGGAAGGGAAAUGCAACAGCAUAAAACUUUGUAGUUCUUCCCUGUGGAAUUGUCAACAUUUAAACAUAAAACUGUGGGAACAUACACUUACUUAGCAGAGAAGCUGUACAAUAUUUUAUAAAAAGGAUUUAUGUUGUUAUGGUAUUUAUUAUUUACUUCUGGAAAUACCUUCUAGUGCUGUGAACACACACUGUCUGUUCAGGAAUGCUUGGUACAUGUGCUACAGUGCCAUAGGUGUAUGGGGCACUCCACAGCCAAAUAUAAAGACCCCAAAAUACUGGGGGUUUAAGAAGUUAUUUUUCUUUAUUGAUUAUUACAGGAACAUUAUCAAAAAUGAUCAGUAAUAAUCAGACAUGUUUUGUGAACAGUCUUCAUUCUUGUUAAAUAAAAUUGACAACAUG